UCUUCUUUUCCCUCCUCCUCCGCGGCCCCACUCUCUUCCUUUUCCCGCGCCGCGCUCCGGACAGGAGGUAGGAAGGGAGCGGCCGGAGGGAUGGAGCGGGUCCCGGCAGGGAUGCGGUAGCUCCCGGGAUAUCCCGACCCGCUGCUCCCCGCCGGGACGCGGUGAAGCUGACAUUCCCAAACCUCUCAGCGAUGGCCUCAGGGAAUGAGGGGGACCCUCAGCAGCCGCUGGGACGCCAGGGGAGCCACAGGCGCAGGCUCAGCCCAGAAGGCCACGUGGCGGAGGAGGCCGAGGAGGUGUUCCAGAGCUACGCCUUCUACCGCUACCAGCAGGAGCGCGAGGAGCGAGGGGCGGAGGUGCCGCCGGACCCGGAGAUUGAGCAGAUCCAGCAGGACCUGGCGAGCACCGGCAGCCAGGUGGGGCAGCGCUUGGCCAUCAUCGGGGACGACAUCUGCAAGCGCUACGACACCGAGUUCCACACCAUGCUGGAGUCCCUGCAGCUCACCCCCGAGAACGCCUAUGAGCACUUCACCAAAAUCGCCUCUAGCCUGUUCGAGAGUGGCAUCAACUGGGGCCGGGUGAUCGCCCUGCUGGCCUUCGGGUACCGCAUGGCCAUGCACGUGUGGCAGCGCGGCGUCAGCGGCUUCCUGCGCCGCAUCAGCCGCUACUUCAGGGACUUCAUGCUGCAGAACCGCAUCGCCUGCUGGAUCGCCCAGCAGGGAGGAUGGGUGGCCGCGCUCGACCUGGACAACGUUUACAUGAAGUACAUGCUGAUAGCAGCCGUGGUGGUGCUGGGGCACCUGGUGGUGCAGCGCUUCUUCACCCACUGACGGGCACGGGGCCGGGGGCAGCUGGGCGCUCCCUCCUCUGCUCCACAUCCCCCAGGACAGGGGGAUCCCAGGAACCUCCAGGAGAGAGCCUGGCUUGGAGCUGGGACCCUCCUGCCGCAGGGUCUGGGGUCUCUGCACCCCCAGGAGAGGACUGGGGAGAGGGGGGGCUCUGCUUUGUUGUGUUUGAUGCCUCAAAGAGCUGCUGAGGAGGGGGCAGCGCUGUGAGGGGGCAUCUCUGGGAUGGGGCAUCUCUGGGAUGGGGCAUCUUUGGGAUGGGGCAUCUCUGGGAUUGGGCAUCUCUGGGACCCUGCAGCUCCUCUGGAGGAGCAGAGGACGGGACAAUGCCACAGUGGCAGUGUGUGACAGUGCCUGUGUGUGCCAGUGCUGGGUCCUGCACCCCUUGGGGCAGAGCAGAGCCCCCUCCCCAUCACUGACAGCCCCAUCCCCCCGUGUCUGAGGGGUGAUCCCAGCCCUGGCUGCUCCAGCUGUUGGAAAUCCCAGAAGGGACCAACCAAGCGGCGCUGCUCCACCUCCCCCUGCUCCUGAGCCCAGCACUGGAGCCUUUCCCAGCUUUUCAUGCACAUCCCGACCCUUUUCCAUGGAAACCCUCCCGGCCUGGCCCCGGGCCGCUGUUCCCUGCAGCUCCUGGGGGCUCAGGGCUGUGGCCCCGUAGCCCCCCUGGGCUCAGGGGCUCCGAGCUGGCACAGCUGGGAAACUCCAGCAGCUUCCCGAACACUAAAAACCUGCGGGAUCCUGGCGGUGGGGACGGGCAGUGGCCCUGUCCUCCUCCCGCUGGGGACAGGCAAUGUCCUUGCCCUCCUCCUGGCCACCAGUUGGCCUCCCUGGCUCUUACUGGGAGGCACUGGAGCUGCAGCCCAUCCCUGGAGCAGCUCCAUGCUGGGACCAGGCUCUGCUAGGCAGGGACUUGUCCUGGUUCUGUUCCUGACCGAUGCUCGAGUGAUUUGGGGGCAAGGAGGGGAGCCAGCUCCUCUCUCCCAUCCCAAACCUUCCUGAUUUUUGCAAACCAGGGGGUUUCAGCUGCUUAUUCCCUGUCCUACCCGAGCUCAAGAUGAAGGACCCCUCUCUCUUCUCUCCUUGCCCAGGCUUAGCAGGACCAGCCUGAGUUUUAACUCUCACAUCUCUCCUGUCCCUGCCUCUUUUUUAACAGAAUUACAAACUUUUCAGCCUGUUUCUAUAUCUGAGCUUGUCAUUUUGCUCCUGGCUGUUCCUGCAGGAUCCCUUUUCCUUGGUGAGAAUGCUCGGGGCUGUGCUUUAGAGAAAAGCAUUAAAAUAUUUGCUGUUUUAUUCCCAUUCCUGCUCGGAUGUGUUUGCCCCGUGCAGGGCAGCACAACCCGGCCGUGCUCAGGUUUUGUGCCCCCCCCCUCCCGGCUCACCUGAGCCCCGCUGGCUCCUUUGUCCCCUUGCAGGUGCAUUUCUCCCCCCAGAAUUCCCGUUCCCAUCCUGCCACCCCUUCUCCCAGCUUGGGAUUUCCUCCAGUUGAAAGCCUUUUCUCUGCUCUGAACCAGUUUAACCAGUACGACCCGCGCUUCACCCCCUCCUCCCCAGCUCCUUUUUGGGUGCAAACACCACCAGAUGGAGCCUUUUGGCCACGAUGGGCACGAGCCAGCGCUCGUUAUUUCCUUUUUUUCUCCUAAUCAAGCCCCUCGAUUGGCAAAUCAUCGUCGGUUCUCUGCUGUGUGUCCAGCGGGACUUUCCAGAGUCCUUGGAAAAAAUAAAAAUCAGCUUUAAUUCUCUA